ACAUACGCGCACGGGAAGCAAGAAGGGCAUCUAUUUCUGCUUUCUUCCCUCUUCUCGCUUCCGCUCUCGGUUGGCGUCUCUGUUAAGACCCGAAUCCCGCAUCUCUUGCUACCCCUAUCGUGUCCAUCUUCACGUAGAUCGCCCUUUUUUGGUGUAGGCUGUAUCGGAAGAAUAUACCGGCACACCGUUCAACGGAAAGCGGUAUAAGGGGUGGACAUGGAGUACAGCCACCUCACGGCCGUCACCGCGUUGUCCGACUCCGACAACUGCAGCAGCGUCCACUUCUCCGGCGAGGCCGCUGGGGCGCCUGACUCGGCCGCGCCCGCCGCCGAGGUCGAGGCCCUCCGUCGCCUCUCCGACAACCUCGGCUCCGCCUUCCAGUCACCGGACUUCGAGUUCCUUGCCGACGCCCGCAUCGCCGUUGGGCACACUGGGGACGGCCGGGCGCCGCCGCUCGAGGUCGGAGUCCACCGCUGCGUGCUCUCCGCCCGGAGCCCCUUCUUCCGCGAGGUGUUCGCGAAGCGGGGGAAGGGAGCGGCGAUGCCGGUGAGGGUGGAGCUGAAGGAGCUGGUGAGGGAGUUCGAGGUCGGGUACGACGCCUUGGUGGCGGUGCUGGGGUACCUCUACACCGGGAGGGUGGCGCCGCUUCCGAGGGCGGUGUGCAUGUGCGUCGACGAGGUGUGCCCGCACGAGGCGUGCCGACCUGCAGUCGAUUUCAUGGCCGAAGUGCUCUACGCCUCCUUCAGCUUCCAAAUCUCCGAGCUGGUCAGUCUCUUCCAGCGACACCUCCUUGAUAUUUUGGACAAGGUGGCAGCCGAUGACAUACCAAUGGUUCUAUCUGUAGCUAAAUUGUGUGACAAGUCAUGUGCCAGUUUGCUCAACAAGUGCAUUGAGAUCGUCGUCAGGUCAGACCUCGAUGUUAUUACCCUUGAGAAGACAAUGCCUCCUGAUAUUGUCAAGCACAUUAUGGAUUCACGCUUGAACUUGGGGCUAGUAGGACCUGAAGGCAGCAGCUUCCCUGAUAAACAUGUUAGAAGAAUACAUGGAGCUCUCGAUUGUGAUGAUGUUGAAUUAGUAAGAAUGCUGUUAAAGGAGGGGAAUACAACCCUAGACGAUGCAUGUGCAUUGCAUUAUGCAGUAGCAUAUUGUGAUUCAAAAAUUACAACAGAACUAUUAGAUCUUGCACUCGCAGAUGUUAACCACCGAAACCUUAGAGGUUAUACUGUGCUUCACAUAGCUGCAAUGUGUAAAGAACCUAAGAUUAUUGUAUCACUUCUAACAAAGGGAGCUAGACCAUCUGAUCUUACAGUGGACGGAAGGAAAGCACUUCAGAUAUCAAAGAGACUUACCAAUUCCAUGGAGUACCUCAGGUCAACUGAAGAAGGAGAAGCAUCGCCCAAGAGUCGUUUGUGCAUUGAGAUAUUAGAGCAAGCUGAAAGAAGUGAUCCACAAGUAGGCGAAGCUUCUGUAUCCCUUGCAAUAGCUGGAGAUGACUUGCGGGGUAGAUUGUUAUACCUUGAGAAUCGAGUUGCUUUGGCAAGACUAUUGUUCCCCAUGGAGGCAAGAGUUGCGAUGGACAUCGCUCAAGUUGAUGGCACACUGGAAUUUACCUUAGGGUCUGCUGCCAACCAUUCUACUGGAAAUCGAAGGACUGCAAUGGACCUAAAUGAAGCGCCGUUCAAGAUCAAGGAAGAGCAUCUAGCACGCAUGAGAGCACUUUCUAGAACAGUGGAACUUGGGAAGCGUUUUUUUCCUCGAUGCUCAGAGGUUAUCAAUAAAAUCAUGGAUGAUGAUAUAACCGAGAUCACUGGUUUCGGACACAACAGUUCAGAAGAGAAAAGGAGGAGAUUUUUGGAAUUGCAAGAUGUCCUGUCGAAAGCAUUCAGCGAGGACAAGGAGGAAUUCGACAGGUCUUCCUUAUCUUCCUCGUCAUCAUCGACGUCUGUAGGGGUUAUUCGUACCAGAAGAUGAUUGAGAUGAUAAUCACCUAAUUAAUUUUGUAUCUUGUACAAACUAUUAGGUUUCUGUGUCAGCUCUUCGAUCUCAUGGUGGCACGAUACACCACUUGAUCAUGUCGUAACAUGUAAUAUUGGUGAUGUAUAGUUCUUUGCAGAUGCUAGACAUUCUAUUUUUGUCUUAUUUAUAAAAGGUAUUAUCACAGUUGACUUUGGCUGAUCAA